UGAAUACCUAAUUUAAAGAUGCACGAAUAUACUAAGUUAUACGUUUUUAACUAUAAUACGUUACUGAUCCCUUCAUUCUUUUGGUUUUUAUACAUCCAUUGCUUUGAUUUAAGCAUCUUUGUCUUCAGGUGACACACAACAGUGUUUAAACUGAUUGGAUUCUAAGUAAUCCAGAGUAAAAUAGAACAACCAUUGAAAUUUAAUUUAAAAUUUAAUUUAAGGUUUAAUUUGAAAUGACUGAAUCGAACUUAAAUUCAGUGCCUUCAAGGCGCUCAUACAAGUUUGAAAUAUCAGCGAGUAGAGAAUCAUCAAAUGAGAAUACAGUACACAAUAAUGUCCAGAACAACACAAAUGUAGCAAGAACAGGCUCAUAUUAUAAUGCAGUAGCCAAGUAUUACACGGGAAUGAACAGGUUUCUCCUCCUUUUCCUGUACUGUGUCACGGUGGUAAUGUGUUCCAGCAUCUACUAUAACUGGUCCUCACUCUCAAGACUACUCAUCAGAGCAGGGAUCUACCACUGGCACUGCCCUAAGAAGUCUUUCAUAGCUAAGCUAGAAGGUCAGAUCAAGUGCAAUAAACAGUUUUUAAAGCUGGCGAAUCUGUUAGUUCUUACAAGGAGCGUGGACAUGGGAGUUUCAGCUCUAACAGGGUAUAUAGUCGACAGAUUCACACUUAGAUAUGUGAUGGUGGGAGGAGGAGUUAGUUUCUUUCUUGCCUGGAUUUGCCUGGGAUUUAACGCAUCCCACGACUCCCUGAUUAUAAUAGCAUUUAUUCUUUUUGCCAUCUCAGCUUCGUGCGUGAUGAUGGCGACCUUAAACGUAAUGAACCUCUUUUGGGGCCACAGAGCACUAUUAAUCUGCUUUACAAUCAGUUUUGCAGACGAUCUCAGCACUUUCGUACCGGUUCUUCUCAAUUGGGCCUUCACAAUUACCAGUGCUGAUAAAUCCCACAUCUUCUUCAGAUACAUGUCCCUCAGCGCAAUACCGCUGGUCCUGGUUGGCUUCUUCGCAAUGCCCCUAAGAUCUUGGAAUUAUUAUAUUAAGGAGUAUUACACUAUAUAUGGUAGGUCUAUAAGUGGCCUCUCUAGAGGGAGUAAACUUAAUAAGGGAACUAGCAGUUCAAGCUCUAGAUCACAUGAACUUAAUCACACUGGUGGCUCAAGUAUAACACAUACUUCCUUUGAGUCACCUUAUGAAGGCAAUAUGAGUUCAGUCGAGCAUUUAUCUAAUUCCCGUAGCCUUGAACAAGUUGUUACGAGUGGCGUAAAUCAUAAGCAUGUCCGUAGACAACUGGAUGAAACUGUCCUACUGGAUGAUAGAUACGAAGAUCACGUAACUUUGUUGGAACACAGUGAUGUAGAAUUUGAAGCACCCCAAAGGUUAAGAUCAAUAAAAGUUGCAUCAACAGGAUCUUCAUGUGAGUCCAACUCCAUUUCUAGUUUUGCUAUGGAUUCUCAUACUGCCGUUGACACUAUUAACGUUGGUGACACAAUAUUAAAAAGAGUGGCAAAUAAGGCAACAAUACGUCAUAUAAUUAGUGUAAGGUUCCUUUUAGUCCUCUCCUGCUUCACAAUAACUAAUUUUACUAACAUAUUCAUGUCAAAUUUGCUCCUAAAGAACUAUUCAGGAAGAGGCAAGGUGCUCUUCACGUCAGAGAUUCUACUUUCACUGACAUGUAUCCCAGGUUUCUUACUAGGAGUUGUCUUCGACUACUCAGUGAAGUACGUUAAUUUGUUUCUGAAUGCCGUCUCAAUGGUGGCAUUUGGGAUGCUGUUUACAAAGAACAUGAUUUUGGGAUACGUUGUGGCACUCUUACACACAAUCAUCACCUCAGUGGAUGUCACAACGCUCAUUGUUUACGUGGAUCUCAUAUUCCCAAUUGAGUACAUUUGCACAAUCACAGGCCUUGCCUUCUCUCUAGAUGGACUCUUCUUGCUUUGCUUCACAUGGCUGGACACGUAUCUUCUUGAAACUGAAACCAAUUUCCCGAUAUUCUUUAUAUUCGCACUCCUCAUCAUUAGGAUGGGUUUGAUUAUAAUUUUACACGCAAUAAUCGAUAAGGAUAAGUCUAAGAAAGAAGAUUCUCAACUUUCUAGACAGAGAUCUCACACAUCCACAACAUCAACUCCAUCAUCAGCUUCCAUGCAAGUCGUUUAAUUUAUAAUCAAUAUGGUUUUAUCAAA